AUGCAUGUUGCUCAGAAAACUGCUGCUACCUUUGCACCAAGGGCUUCCACCGCAACCAAAAACCCUGCAGUGCCUGGAACUGUUUUGUACAAUGUUUUUGAGGUUCAAGGGUAUGUUUUAAUGUUGUUAGGAGGAGCUUUGUCUUUCAAUCUCAUAUUUCCUUCUGAUGAACCUGACAUUUGGAGAUUAAUGGGAAUGUGGUCCAUUUGGAUGUUCACAAUUCCUUCGUUACGAGCUCGAGAUUGCUCAAAGAAUGAGAAAGAAGCUCUGAACUAUCUUUUUCUCCUCGUCCCAUUGAUCAAUGUUAUAAUCCCAUUCUUUUGGAAGUCCUUUGCUAUUGUUUGGUCGGCAGAUGUAGUAGCCUUCCUUGGAAUGUAUGCAUGGAAGUUUGGAUGGUUGAAGAAAACAGAUUAG